AUGAAUCCCUCGUUGCGAUCUCCCAACUCGCCAGGGCGGCAGCGGGUGCCAGCCCCUGUCCGCUACCGGCCUCCACCUCCGCAGCCUCCGUCCGAUGACGACGAAGAUGAUUCCGACGAAGACGAAAUGGUCCGCCCCGGUUCCUCCGGUAGCGACACCUCCUCCAAUGUAACAACCGUUUCAGCAGCGCCGAUUACGCCCGUCAAUCCGCAAAUUCCCUCUGGAAGCUAUUUCCCCCCUCAACCUCGCUCCACCACCACUUCGCCGCACGCUCGCCCCAUGCCAGACUCCUCUGGCCGUCGGCCUUCAGGCCGGGGUCCCUCGGUUGAAUUACCCCGGCAUCGCUCUCGCGUUCACUCGCAGGGCUUCUUCGAACCAUCCAUGCCAAGUGCCUCGUCCGAGCAUGUCCCCGUCGUGUCGGCUUCGAGAAUCGCUGCCCAGGCAGCAAUGCAACAGACGAAACGAGUGCAGAGUGUCAUGCCUGCGGAGGACACACGGCCACGGGGGAAUGGGAGCGCAUCGCCUCCGCUUAUGCCUGCUCCAUUGCGUGUCACUGUGCCUUCGCCUCAGCCCCCAACUUCAGCAAACGUGGCGACGACUGCUGCGAAUGUGGUGUUCCCGCGCGCCGGUGCGCAACCACCAGACCUACAACCGGAGAAACAGAAGAAGAAGAAGCUGUUUUCCAAACCGAAACAUAUUGGUAUUAGCCGGGAUAAGGAUUUGGGCAAGGAUCGGGGGCUUCCUUCUCCGAGCAAGAUCAGUAGCUUGUCACGCAUAGUCAGUGCGUCCACGACCAACCUGAAUUUGGCCGACUUGCCUUCGAACAACUCCUCAAUGUACAAUCUCUCCAAUGCCUCUGUGAGCACCGUCGUCCCUUCAGAUCGAGCUUCUGGUCCAGAGAAAGAAAAGGACAAGGAAAAGGAAAAGGAUAAGCACAAGCACCAUUUCUUGUCAAGACAGAAACUCAAACUCAAGGACCGGGUCGACGAUCAUUUCAAUCAGGUCCUGUCCUCGGCCUCGAGCAAUUCUCGUCCGGCCGAUCCAAAUGCUCCGCAAUCCCUCUACUCUUUCACAAGCCCUGCAUCACCGGCACCGGGUGCUACAUUCGGCAAGUCCGUCAGUGGUUUGGAUAUCUUACAUGGUGGACGAGCACUCCGCGAGAAGAAGAAAGAGGAGAAGGCUCUCGCGGAGUCGGAACAAUCGGAGUGGCUUGCCAAUACCGCCGGUGGGCCUACGACACCAGGUGGCUUCCCUGGCCCUUCCUCGAUUGGCAGUGCUGGUACAUACCACGAAUCUAUUCUCCGGGAGACAUUGCAAGGCUUCGGGUUGAACAACAUGACACCUGAAGAUGCGUGGGAUUUCCUCAAGGCGAAGCUGCUGGUCAUUUUCGAUGGUGAGGAUGUUCGCAUUGCCAUUGAGGAUUUGAACAAGCUGGUCCUAGUUCAUCUACAGCGCUGUGUGCAUAAAAGGACUCCUGCGUCUAUCAUUACCGACUUGCAAGAGUUGCUUGAAACUGGGUUCGCAACUCUGAAUCUCAGUUCACUUCUAGGAGUACCUGAUGAAAAGCUGGUUCCACAUCUUGUACAGAUCUGGCUCUUGGUAUUUGGCACGAUCCUGCCUUUUAUCCAGGCCGUUUUCCUUCCUUUGGAUCUCGAAUUCAAGGGUUGUGGAUCUCUGAUGACCAGGCGGGAAGCCCUUGAAUUUUGGGGUCCACUCCCUGUCGGUGGUGCACUCGAAGUGCGCAACCUGGUCCUGAUCGCCUUCCGUGACUGCAUCAUCCUGAACCGCUACGAGACCCUCAAGACAACAUUCUCCCGCCUUAGUCUGGACUCCAUCAACUCCGGAUUUCCAACUCUCAGCGUGACGGCCAAAAGCACCGGCACAGGAGGCCGUCCCGGUACCGCAGCCUCCCUCGAUGCCGGCUUUGGCAGCUUCAACUCGCAAUCCUCGACUCUUCUCAGCAACGUCGCAGACAGCUACUCUUCUGACGGGAUUACGAGUUUAGCCAACAACGCCCGUCCUACGAGCAGCAACUCCCGCAGCCGCGCUACAUCAAAUACAUCCUCAAACCCAGAUCCUUUCACCUUCCAGUCUGUUGCAUCGCCACCGGCACCCGCAGCACGGCCUACUAUCAUCCAUCGCGUCAACUCGACCGAUACCUCACACGUCAUCACAGAAACCGUAGGUCGUAUGCUGCAGUGUGUCAGCGUGCUCGCCAGCGUUCAGACCGCCGAUGCCUCCCAAGAGAAGAUCGAGAUUCUCAGUAAAGCCCUGAAACACAACUGGCUCGGUCGUGGUCGCACAGGCCGUGAUCGUCGUGGAUUCGUCGGUGCCAAGAUUCGCCCUGUCAUGGUUGGCGGCCCACCGGUCAUUGACGAUACAGAAUCUCUCACCACUGCCGGUAUCAGUAUCGGAACAAGCACCACAAGUGGAUCACGAGGUCGAGGUGACUCCGACUCGUCAGAAUGGAGCGCCGGACUACCAGGGAUGGGGAUGAGCAUGCGAAGCACGGGCAGAAGAGAACUGAGCGCUCUCUAA